ACCAAGCGCGUAUUUGCAUAUGGGGGCAUUUGAAACGAAGAGGGUGGUAUGCAAAUAAGAACUGGCUCCGAUUGGCUGUGGUACAGCAGGUGCCGCGUCCGGAUUGAUCAAAGCCAGGUGGGCGGGGCUGUCGCCCAGGGUGACUCUCCCGGGAGGCGCGUGCCCCGGCUCAGUAGCUUUGGGGCUGGCGCGCGCGGCGAAUCUUAACGCUGCGCCGUCUGCGGGCGCUUCCGGGCCACCAGUUUCUCUGUCUUCCACCCUGGCGCCCCCCAGCCCUGGCUCCCCAGCUGCGCUGCCCCGGGCGUCCACGCCCUGCGGGCUUAGCGGGUUCAGCGGGCUCACUCUGCGCGGUGCAUCCUCCAUGUUGACCAAGCCUCUGCAGGGGCCUCCCGCGCCCCCCGUGACCCCCACGCCGCCGCCAGGAGGCAAGGAUCGGGAAGCGUUCGAGGCCGAGUACCGACUCGGCCCCCUCCUGGGUAAGGGGGGCUUUGGCACCGUCUUCGCAGGACACCGCGUCACAGAUCGACUCCAGGUGGCCAUCAAAGUGAUUCCCCGGAAUCGUGUGCUGGCCUGGUCCCCCUUGUCAGACUCAGUCUCAUGCCCACUCGAAGUGGCACUGCUAUGGAAAGUGGGUGCAGGUGGUGGGCACCCUGGCGUGAUCCGCCUGCUUGACUGGUUUGAGACACAAGAGGGCUUCAUGCUGGUCCUCGAGCGGCCUUUGCCCGCCCAGGAUCUCUUUGACUAUAUCACAGAGAAGGGCCCGCUGGGUGAAGGCCCAAGCCGCUGCUUCUUUGGCCAAGUAGUGGCAGCCAUCCAGCACUGCCAUGCCCGUGGAGUUGUCCAUCGUGACAUCAAGGAUGAGAACAUCCUGAUAGACCUACGCCGUGGCUGUGCCAAACUCAUUGAUUUUGGUUCUGGUGCCCUGCUUCACGAUGAACCCUACACUGACUUUGAUGGGACAAGGGUGUACAGCCCCCCAGAGUGGAUCUCUCGACAGCAGUACCAUGCACUCCCAGCCACUGUCUGGUCACUUGGUAUCCUCCUCUAUGACAUGGUGUGUGGGGACAUUCCCUUCGAGAGGGACCAGGAAAUUCUGGAAGCUGAGCUUCACUUCCCUGCCCAUGUCUCCCCAGACUGCUGUGCCCUAAUCCGCCGGUGCCUGGCCCCCAAACCUUCUUCCCGACCCUCACUGGAGGAGAUCCUGCUGGACCCCUGGAUGCAAACACCACCCGAGGAUGCACCCCUCAACCCCCCAAAAGGAGGGCCCACCCCUUUGGCCUGGUCCUUGCUACCCUAAGCCUGGCCUGGCCCCCAAUGGUGGGAAGAGCCAUCCCAUGGCCAUGUCACAGGGAUAGAUGGACAUUUGUUGACUUGGUUUUACAGGUCAUUACCGGUCAUUAAAGUCCAGUAUUACUAAGGUAAGGGAUUGAGGAUCAGGGGUUAGAAGACAUAAGCCAAGUCUGCCCAGUUCCCUUCCCAAUCCUACAAAGAAGUUUUCUUCCCAGAACCUGUGGUCCCUGAUUCUGGAGGGGGAACUUCUUGUUUCCAGUUUUGCUAAACGACAUUUAUUUUGCGUGAAGUUGUUCCCAUUCUGAGCCCCGGGACUCAUUCUGAUGACGUGUCACCCCUACAUUGGCACCUCCUCCUACCAUCACACAAAUUUCCUUCAUAUGCUCUUACUUGGGCAAGGGUGCUUUCCUUCCAAUACCCCAGUAGCUUUUAUUUUAGCAAAGGGACCCUUUCCCCUGGCCUAGGGUCCCAUAUUGGGUCAAGCUGCUUACCUGCCUCAGCCCAGGAUUCCUUAUUCUGGGGUAGGUAAUCCCCUGUUACUCCAAGGCUUUUUUUUUUUUUUUUUUUUUUUUUUUUUUUUUUUUUUUUUUUUGGUGAGGGGAUCCUACUCUGUUAUCCAAAGUGCUCUUAUUCUGGUGAGAAGAACCUUACUUACGAAUUUGGGAAGGAAUGGGAUAUGGACACCACCAGACCCCACCAGACACUAGGAUGGGAUGGAUGGUUUUUUGGGGGAUGGGCUAGGGGAAAUAAGGCUUGCUGUUGGUUCUCCUGGGGCAACCCCUCCAACUUUAGCAGAUUUCUUGCAACCUUCUCCUGAGCCGGGAUUGUCCAAUUGCUAAAAUGUAAAUAAUCACUAUUGUGGGGAGGGGAGUUCCAAGUGUGCCCUCCUCUCUUCUCCCCCUGCCUGGAUUAUUUAAAAAGCCAUGUGUGGAAACCCACUAUUUAAUAAAAGUAAUAGAAUCAGAA